ACGUUAUAUUUGCGAAGCUAUCGGUUACUAUCGAUACAUAGAAACGAAACAAAUUCUCCCAAUUUUCGGCUGAAAACGAGGAACACCAACUCGCGAUUCUGGGGCGGCAGAACGGGAAAUCCCGCCGAGGAGCAGCAUGACCUCCAUUCUGGACAUGAAGGCCGGUCCGCCCGACUACUGGGCGGAGAUCAGCAACUUCUUUCUGCCGCUGAAAUACCUGAUCACCAACGACCGCUUCGAUUCGAUGGUGCGGGACAUAGACCUCUAUUACCUGAUCAACGGGGUCUUUUGGAUAUUCGUGGCGUUGUCUUGCGGCUACUACGCCUUCCAGCGGCUCUUCCAGUUCUUUCUGAAGUCGUCGAGCAUGAAGCACUUUCAGCGGAGGCUGUUCGCCCGCGUCAUUUGGAACAUCGCCUUCUAUGCGGCCAGCUGCCUGUUCCUGCACUUCUACAACGAGUUCAUGAUCCUGCCGCAGCUGAUGAAGAACCAAGGACGCUACUCGCUCUUCUACUCCUCGGAGAACCUGAUCUUCUAUCGAUCUCAUCAGGCGGAAAAGUUUCAGUUCUACUCGAUCUUCAUUAUCACGUUCUACCUGCAUGGGGCGUGGUUGGACUUCAAGGACGCUGACUUCCUGGAGGUGGGCUCCAAGGGACUCUACCUGCUGUCCCUCGUCGCCAUCGAUGUUUACAGCAUACUCACCGAGGUGCUAGCCCUGUUGGUCCUGCCCAGCACCAAUUCACACCGGAUCAUCUACCAGGUUUUCCUCGGUCUGCGCAUCAUGGUGUGGGCGUAUGUGUUUGUCAACCUACUGCCCUUUAAGUACUUCAUACCCACGCUGUUCGCCAAGAACUUUAAGCUUUCCCUGAAUGUGCCCAUUUGGUUGUGGUACGGCCUCUCCAUUUGGAACUCGCCGGUGCUGCAAUACUUCUACCAUCAGAUAUAUCACACAGCGCCGUCGGAUUGUUCGGGCGAGGGAUCGGCGGCUAAGUGCAUCCUGGUCAAGGACACCAGUGAGUUCCGGCACUACAAGACACUGAAGAAGGCCUAUUUGGAGGUAAAGCUGGCACACAUUAGAACCACGUCCAAUUCGCUGCCCUCCGAAACCAGUUCGGCCUCGGCCAAAACCUUUCAGGCCAUAAAAUGCGUCAUGAUGCUUAAGCGCAAAUUGAAGCGAAUUCGCGAGGGACGUGGCCAUGAGCCGGAGGAUGACAACGAUGACCAGGCCAUUGAUACCUAAUCGCGUCCUACCGCACGGACGCAGCACACUUUUACACAGUAGAAAACCACAUUUCCUUAAACCAAACCAAAAAAGACACAAGUUCAGCUUAGGCUAAUAACUCACAAAGUUGAAACUAGCGCUCUCUCUCUCUCUCUCACUCAGGCUGAUUUCGGUUUAUGCGUGUUAGCUAGAACGCGAUCAGCGCGAACAGUGCGUUUUGGCCAACAUUCAGAUCGUAAUCAAAAAAUAGGAAUAUUUAACACUUGAAAAUUUGUAAAUUUGUCAACGUUUUUGUUGUAAAGACUUUAAAAAUAUCAGUUGGUAGCUUUUAAUCAAAAAUUAUUUAAAUAUCUCAACGAUUCAAAUAUACGCGUUAAGAACAUAACAACUAAAGGUUGUCAAAAUUAAAACAUGAAUAUAAACGAUAAAUCAAACGUGCAGAUAAUCUCAAAGGCUAUAUACGCAAAAAUCGAAAAGUGAGGCUUACAAAAUUAAUCUCCUAGAAGUAUUUAAAAUAAUGUUAUAUAUCUUUAAAACGUCGAAUUCGACUGUUGCCAAACGCACUGUUCUAAUAGUACUUAUUCGAUAAUAAACCACAGUGCGUUUCGAUGCGAGCAAUACAACAAUUGACGCACUGUUGUCACUAGUUAACAAUUAUUUAUAAAAACUCUAGAUCAAUAUUAAAUGUAAUAUCUACCAAUCACGAUUUAGACAGCACGCAUAAACCAAGCGGCUGAAAGACCUUAGCAAAUUUAGUUAGUAUCGCUCGAUUUUUGGCGCCAACGGAGAUCGUCGCUGAUGAUAUAUAUACAUAUAGUUACUAUAUCUCUAUACCAACUCUCUCUCUCUCUCUCUCCCUCGCACACACGAUCGCAGUUUCUCUCUCGUUUAGAUUUGUAAGUCGCCUUCAACUUAUUGUUGUUGUUUAUUCGCUGUGACUUAAUGACAUAUUGAAAUAUUGUAAUGUGUUGUUUUUUUUUUCGUUCUUUUAAUUGAAAUAUACUAUAUAUGGGCUAAACGAGCGCAAUUGAAAUGUGUGUGUGUGUUGUUGUUGUUGUUACUGGGUUGGUUGCAUUCGUUUGUUUUAUUCACUUCUUAGCUCUCCC